AUGAUUGUUGCGUCGCCCGGCUGCGCCGCAUUGACUCUCGCGCGAAUUGCCUGUUUACGGUCACCGUCGCUCAAGGGGCACAAGUCUGUGAAGAACAUCGCUCAUACAUCACCCUGGACACAUCUAAACCUAUCUGAUCUUCCUCUGUGCGGUUCGCAAUCAACGAGGCAGCCUAUUGGGUUUCGGACUCCGCCCACGAUAGUGGCAUUUUCCGAGGCGUCCGCUUUCGAAUCUUACCUUUCCACCACAACUUCGCCCACCGCGACCAGUCAAAUCCGAUCGCGAACUACCCCUCGCAUACGCCUUGAACUCAUCCCGGGUUCAGCACCAAUCGUAUCUUUGCCUCAUCCAGGAAGCGUCUACCGCGCAGUUUCUUGCUCGUCAAGUAGACAUUCCCACUCUUCUGAUUUUGUCCUCGCCACCCUCGCAACUUGCCCGAACUCGUUGAUGAGUUUAACUCACCGCUUCUAUCACCGGACCUCUUGA